AUGGUCGCGUUUCAUCUCCUACUCCUAGGCGUACUGGCAGCGCGCUUGGUCUACUCUGACCAAUUUAAGGCAGGCCAGUUUCCUUGGCUUGAAAUACACAAGGAUAAGACUGGCCUGUAUUAUGUGAAUGCAUCUAUUGGGACCCCCGCACAAACUCAGAUGCUUCGUGUGGACAUUUCACAACCGUACAUGUGGGUUUUUUCGCCCCAGUUGAAGGCUUCGCGCGAUUCCGCCGGGCAGAACUCGUCUGUCUUCACUAUAUUCGAUGCUGAUGAGAGCUCUACGUCUCAAAGUCUGUCUGGCGACGACGAUUUCAACAUCCAGUACAACGAUCGUAUUUCGUUCAAUGGAUCCACCUACAUGGACACCGUUGAGUUCAAGGUGAGCUCAAGUCAGACAGCGAACUCGCACAACUUGCUUGGCAACUUUUCCAAGCACGCACUCAGUUGGCGGUCUAACUCUAGCACUUUGACACUUCCAGACUCAGCUUUUUUCUAUGCCGAUUCUGCUGCGCUACUGGUGCAGCUUGGAGCAUUGGGCCUAGGUUCGAAGAUCUAUUCCCCCGACUCUCAAUCGAACUCAUCGAAUUUCAAUGAAUCUUUCUACUUUUUGGAUCGUCUAACAUCCAACGGUUUCUUGAACUCGCCCUCUUAUUCGAUGUGGCUUGGAGGUGACACCGUUGAUAGUCUAGAUUCAUUAGUUGCCGAGGAUGACGUUGGGGUGCUUAUUCUUGGAGGGGUUGACCGGUCUCUGUACACUGGUGACUUCAUGAAGUUUGAUACAUUGCCGUUCUAUGAUCCUGCUACGCAGCAAACUUCCAACGGUUAUCCCAUUGUACCCUUAAGCAAGGUGAACGUUAAAUCGAAGUCGGGGCAAAGCUUGAACCUGACUAAUGACUUCUUUGCGGAGCCCGUCCUACUAGAUUCUCGCUACCGUUACAACUAUCUGCCCUUAGAUUUGAUUGUCCGCAUCGCGUUACAGGCAGAUGCGUAUUAUGUGCCGUCAUUGGAUCGCUGGUUGUUGGCCUGCGACGUAGGCCGGAUAGGCGCAUCCAUAACCUUCGAAUUUGGCAAACUGGUAAUUGAUGUGCCCUUGAGCGAUUUGAUGGGCUCCACAUAUGAUGCAUCCACCAAUGACACUCUGCAUUUUUCCGAUUCACGCGCAGCCUGCGAACUAAAAUUCCUUCCGAAUACGAAUAUUGGAGGGCUCAAUAUUCUCGGGGGCCCAUUCAUCAAAAACACAUACUUUGCUGCAGAGCUCGCAAGCAAUCAGGUUGCUAUGGCUCAAGCUGUCAGAGUGUCAGCCUCCUCAUCAACCAGCACAAUCGAGAUAUCUCUUGACACCGCCACUGAAACGCACAUCGGUAACGUUCAGACCUCUAAGAGCGCUAAUCUCAAGGCUAUUGAAAACUCCUCCGCAAUUAGAUCAGGUACGAUCCCUUUUGCAACGAGUGAGAAUGGUACGUUAACGGAGUCUUUGGUCCUUUCCCCCUCUACUGCAGCGGUGUCCAACAGUGAUGCCGACGUUUUCAACCAGUUUACAGCAUCCGUCUCUGCUAAUGGUGUCAUUAACACCGGUAGGUCAUUCUACAAUACAAGUUACAGCACUUUACCAACCACCACUGGCACGAAAAGUGGGAAGCAGUCAAAUAUUGGGAUUAAACCUAGUCCCCUGGGUUCAAGCCUCCCGCAAAAAUUUCAGGCAUUUGUCCUUUUACUUCCCUUGGCUCUGACGGUCGCCUUAUCAACUUCUGUUUGA